GCGCAACACUCCGCCUGCAGCUCAGUGACAGUUGGGAUUAUUUCUUUUCUCUCUCUCUCUCACACCGCGUCUCCUCUGUUAAAAAAAAAACCCAAAACUAGUUGAUGCUGAAGUGCCGACCGAAACGGGCGAUCGACCUGAACGGAGGUGACGAGGCUGGCCCCGAUGUUGUUUGAAUCCACACCCCCUGCUCACCUCCACGCCGAGGCCUAGGCGGCGGCGGCGGCUCCUGCUCGGUGGCGGCGGGAGCGCGGCUCGCUGGCUGCGGCUGCCCAGCGAAGGUGGCGGUUAUAUUUUGAACUCGCCUGACGUUCCCCCUCUCACACAGCCAGUUACAGGGGGCGGGGGGGGGGGGAAAGAACGGAACUGGCGCGGCUAGAACUGUGGCCCCGGAGCCCGCGGGCGACCUGGCACCGCCGACCUACCCCGGGCAUCACCUCCCUGCCCCCGCUAUUUAUUUUGGACGGGCAUUUGGAAUUUAGAGAGUAAGACAUGAAGACUAGGGAUCUUGUGAAAGUUAAUGGCGAUAUCUUGAGGACAGUCCGUCUUACAGUCGAGAAGGUGCUGAAUAUCCUAAGACUUAUGAAGCUGUUUGAAAUGUGCUUAUAACAGCAACCAUGAAGCAUCAGAAAGAGAAAAAUUGUUGGUAAUAUCCAUGAUGUCGUCAAAAAUAACUAAACCAAGAUAAUCAUGGUGCUGUCCUAAUGUUUUGGAACUUUCUAAAAUAAAAAGAUGACCGAAGUGCAAGCCACAGUGGAAUUCUCGGUGGAAUUACACAAGUUUUAUAACGUGGACCUUUUCCAGAGGGGCUCAGCAAGACUAUCCCAAUACAUAAACACAAUCACCGCGGUCAGUACAGUAUGCACAGAACAGCUCACUGAGUCCAAAUGCAAGAGACGCCAUUUUACAGUCCCAGUUGCAGCUGGCCACAAAACCCGUUGCAGACGCCGCCUCCAUUUCGGUCAACCUGUGAUUCGAUAUCCCUCUCCACGCCUGGCACUCUUCAGCCUUUGUUCCCCCGAGGGGUGCCUCCCGGCAGCCAACCUCAAGGAAGCAGAAGGUUUUACCAGAUCCGUGCAAUAAUGAAGCUGCCUCCCAGAGUUCCUCACAAAUUGGAGGCAAGUCUACUGAAUCCAGCAGCUUCUGAACUUGCCUUUCCUGCCACGGUCCAAGAUUGUACAGCCUGCAGUAAAACCUUUCAGAUUCUUUAUAAAAAUGAAGAGAUUGUUGUUAAUGAUGUGUUACUCCUCAAAAUUAAAAUGUUGCUUGAUAGCAAAAAGAUUGAAGAAUCGCUGAAUGAAAUGGAUUUCCAAUUGUCUUUAGAUCUCAAUUUUACCGACAAAGAUUUUACAUUUGAUGACCUAAAUUCCCUACAACUAAUUAGUAGUCGAACAUUGAAGCUCCACUUCAAUUUACAUCGAGGACUUCAUCACCAUGUCAAUGUUAUGUUUGAUUAUUUCCACCUCUCUGUUGUAUCGAUUACUAUACAUGCCUCCUUGGUUGCACUUCACCAGCCUCUAAUAAGCUUUCCUCGUCCAUUGAAGAAUACUUGGUUAAACAGGAAUGCCCCAGCGCAAAGCAAAGAUUAUGCUAUUCCAUCCCUUGAGACUGUGGUUUUUGGCAGUAACUAUACAAAACAACUGUUGCCCGAUGGAAGCAACUUUAUGGUACCUGAACCCUGCAUGCAACACGCCUACAAUUUCCAUUAUAAUCUCUGUUCAAGCUUACUACUGGCUUAUAAGGGCCUUUUCAACUACUUUGUUAUGGUCACAAAAGAAUUGCCUUCAUCUCGCAGGAUGGAACUAGCCAUGACCAACAUGCAGGUCCUUUAUGAACGACUUCUCAGAAGAAAAUAUCCAAGAGCACAGAUGGACGCCUUAAUAGAGGAGAUUGAUGUUGAUGCUAGACUUGCAGAUCUUUGUAACCAGAUAAAGCAGAAAUUUGAAAAUCCUGAUGAGCUACCAGAGUGGGUGAACAUGGAUCUGGCACAACUUUGUUCUUUAUUGAUGGCUCUUUGGGCACAGUUCUUAGAGAUUGUGUCACUGCAAGGAGAAAUUUCAAUUUUAUUAGCAAAGGAACAUCAUGCACUUCGAGUAAGAAGAUUUUCUGAAGCUUUUUUCUGCAUCGAACAUCCAAGGCAAGCAGCCCUAGCAUAUCAGGAAUUGCAUGCACAAAGCCAUGGACAGAUGGCUGCAGCUGUGAAGAAUUCGACCUAUUUUAAUUCCCUUCCAUCUCUUCCCGUGGAAUGCGCAGAACUAGAUGGUGACUUCAACUCACUGCCCAUUAUCUUUGAGGACCGAUAUUUGGAUUCAUUCCCUGAAGACUUGGAUGUUCCCUGGAGUGGAGUUCAGAAUCUAAGAAGAUCAUCUUUUUCUGUCAAAUUGGAAAAAUCUGACUCAAAAGAUCAUAACCCUUCAGGUUUUUCUAGUCCUGAUUUUAAAGCACGACCAGCAAGCAUCUACCAUAUUAAACAUACUGAAAGUGAGAAGCCGCUGACAAAACUGCAAAAGAUUAAAGCUGAUGAGCACAGCAAAUCAAAAGUAAAAGUGGCAAAGCUUAAGAAGACAAUUAAGUCUGAGAACAGCAAAAAAUUGGUGAAACAAAACUCCAAGGAUUCAGUGAUAUUGGUUGGCUAUAAAUCCUUUAAAAAUUCAAACUUGGGAGAGAGCAGUAAAUCUGAAGGUGGGCUUUCAAUAUGUCCAAAAGGUGGGCAGGUAUCCACCAGCAAAGGAGCUGAUGAUAGGACAAAACUAAAUAGUGAGCUUUUAUGUCAACAUAAAGAACUGAUACCUCUUCUGUCGAGUAUGGAAAAAAAUGCAGAGACUAUGAAAACUAAAAAUUGCAAUGAAUUUGGUUGCAACAUUAAAGAUCACAAAAUGGAAUCUUGUACAUUUGCAUUAUCAGCUGUAUUUCAGGCAGGUCCCGAGUCUUCAACCAUGUGUGCAAGAUCUACUAAAACUUCAGUUGAUUGUUUAAAUAAGCAGCAAAUAGCACCAGCAUCAGGAGUCAAAUGUAUUCAAGUCAAACCACGGACUAAAUGCACAUAUGAAGGGGAUAAAGUAAUAGUCUUAACGGCUCCCAAAGUCCCUGUUAAACAUGAUGACCAAGACCUUUGUCCAUCUCCUGAAUCACAGCUCCUGGAUUCUAAACCUCAUUAUUUACUGUCGGAAAAAAAUCUGCAAUGCCCUGCUGCUGCUGAAAGUGCACUACCGAAUGCAGUUACAAAGUCUUUUAAUUUGGUUCUAAGUGGAGAACCUGUUAAAUUGCCAGACGUUUACGUCACUUGCUCUUCCAAAAUUUCAGAUUCAGGCAUUGAAAGUGAACCCAGUUCUUUUGCAUUUCAACCAGUUUCAGGUUUAGUCUCUGAGCCAAUAUUGGACAAAGUUGUGUUCAGUGAAAAGUCUUGCAUGCAGCUGCUGCUUAAACCAGAAUUAAGUUUAAGGAAUGUGAUCGGAGGCCGCUGUACGGAGAGUAUAAGUGCUGUAAGUGAAAUACAAUCAUCUUUGACUUCAAUAAAUUCCUUGCCAUCAGAUGAAGAUGAUAAUGCACAUCCAUUUCAUGAAAGCUCAAAAGUUGCUGCCAUUCUUGCACAGCCAACAAUCGAUGAACAACCAAUACUCUUAGCAGCUGAAUUAGACCAGCUUAAAUCAAAAAUAAAACACUCCAAUGUCAUAGUUCAAGAACAAAGUGUUGCAUUCUUUGAAUAUUCAGAGCCUAUAAAACCAGUUCCUCAUAUUUCUGAAUUUCCUGAUGAGUUUUGUAACUGUGUAGCUGUUCAAGAAAAUAACAUCAAGAGUCAGCAGCAAGAUAUUGGUUCUGCUAAUACUUUUGGAGAGACUCAAGACCUUAUGGAAGAGUUAAAUUUAGCAAAAGCAUCCACAAAACAUAUAAUUAAACUGAACUCUGAAAUUAUUCAUCUUGAUGAGCCAAGCAGUCCUACCUCAGAUGUGACAGAAAUUGGCCAAAAUUUGGAUCCAGAAUUGAACUUAAAGGAGUUUGCAGAUAUAAUUCAGGAAAUGCCAGUUCUCCAGGAGGCAGAUGAUAAAGUGCAGACAAACCUUUCAGCUGCCAGCAGCAUUGACAUUGUGAAACAAGGAUUGGUGGAGAAUUAUUUUGGAUCUAGAAGCAGCACAGAUCUUUCUGAUAUUAGUCCUAGUGGUUGUGACAGCUGCCCCACAAGUCCUCAAAAGGAGACUUUUGGCCCUGUUACUCUUGCACAAGUAGAAGAUGAUGAGGAUCAAGAAAUGAUCGAAAAUGGUUAUUACGAAGCUGACAAUGAUGCUGUGUGUGAUGGAGGUGAUGUAGUCAGAUCUGAGCUAAUUAAUGUUGAUCAUGCCACAGGAGCAAGCUUGCCAGGGCCAUGCAUUCCGACUUGUUUAUCAUUUUCCUCAGUUGCCAGAGAUUCCCCAUCUAUCAGUGGUUUGUCUUCUAAAAGUAAACUUGAUGCAAUUACAAAACAACCAAUCAGUGCUGUCUCAGGCUCUGUUGUAUCAGUUUGCUGGUAUGAGGAUGCUGCUUCAAAAGAACAAAUGCACAUAUUCCUCCAGGCCAAAGAGGAGUUGAAACUACUGAAGUUUCCUGGUUUUAUGUACAGUGAUGUUUCUGACCUGGCUUCCAAAACCCCCUACUUCAGCUUGGAGAGCGAUGAAAACUUGGACGACGGCAUUCAUCUAAUAGUUUGCGUUCAUGGAUUGGAUGGGAACAGCGCAGACCUACGGUUGGUAAAAACGUAUAUUGAACUUGGAUUUCCAGGGACCCAAAUGGAGUUCCUUAUGUCAGAGAGGAAUCAGAAUGACACAUUUGCAGACUUUGAUUCCAUGACUGAUCGGCUUUUGGAUGAGAUAAUACAAUAUGUUCAGAUUUACAAUCUUACUGUCUCCAAAAUCAGUUUUAUAGGACACUCUUUAGGUAAUUUGAUCAUUCGAUCAGUACUGACAAGACAGAGAUUUAAAUUUUACUUGAACAAAUUGCACACGUUCCUUUCUUUGUCUGGGCCUCACUUGGGGACCUUGUACAACAGCAGUGCACUUGUCAAUACAGGACUCUGGUUUAUGCAGAAGUGGAAGAAGUCUGGGUCCCUACUGCAACUGACUUGUAGAGAUCAUUCUGAUCCUCGGCAAACUUUCCUAUACAAACUCAGUAAAAAAACUGGUCUCCAACACUUCAAAAAUGUGGUGUUAGUUGGCUCGCUACAAGAUCGAUAUGUUCCUUAUCAUUCUGCUCGAAUUGAGAUGUGCAAAACUGCUUUAAAGGAUAAACAAUUGGGACCAAUAUACGCUGAAAUGAUCCAAAAUCUUCUUUCACCUGUUUUGGAAAAUAAGGAAUGUAAUUUGGUCCGAUAUGAUGUUAUCCAUGCAUUACCCAACACAGCUAAUUCAUUAAUAGGACGAGCAGCUCACAUUGCUGUUCUUGAUUCAGAAAUCUUUUUAGAAAAAUUCUUUCUGGUUGUGGGCCUUAAAUACUUUCAGUAAGAAUGUGUGCCAUAAACUUUUACCUUUUUAUUCAGAGAAACACAUUUGAUCCCAGAGCAUGGUCUCCGUCUGAAAAGACUGUUUGUACAUUUUGGUAUUAAAAACAAUUUACAUUGUUUUUGGAGUUAGUUAAAAGGUCUGAACAUGUUUUUGCCUGUUGGUUUGUGCUGUGCAAUACCAAUUGUAUAUUUUUAUUGGUCUUGUGUACUUAUUUCAGUUCAGUUUUUUUGUAUUUUUCAGAAAUUUUAUUUUGCCUUUUUAAGUAUCAGUUAAUAGUUGAAAUAACCAGGGUGCACUGUUUAUAUUUUUAUUUUCUAAUUUUUUUAAAGUAAUAUUCAAUUAUUAAGUUAGAGGUAAAACAUUAAUUUAAUUCAUGACUUCCAAAGAAAGCAUUUUCAUAGAAUCUAUUGGGACCUGGUGUACGUUACAUUUGAUAACGCGAACUUUGGCAACUGGAAACCCUGUAAAAAGCUGCUAUAUAUUUAUACAUUUUUAACAUCGCUCAACUUAGGAAAUUUACAGAGAUGUUAUUCAUUUCAUGCAGUCUUUCUGCAUGGACCAAAAAUUGCCCUAUUCAUACAUUCAUAAGCUUGUAUAUUUUGUCACUCAAAGUUUAAAGCAGUUCACAAAUGUCUGCAAUACAUUUUUAUAAAAAAACAUUAUCCUACAACGUUUAACCAUACCUGUGGAGCAUUACUACUUUUUCUACUGAUGAAGUGGAAAGACCUUUUUGCUAUGGAACUUUUAGAACUGAAGUAACUAUUUUCAAAUCUUCUAAUAUUCUGUAUGUUGAUUAGAACUUUUCACCGUCAUGGCAGUCUGAUAAUGUUGAUUUGAAAUUAUUUUUACUGCAUGGUGAUAUAAACUCAACACAAUUGCCCAGCAUAUACAAAGGUUUUAAGCCAAUACUAUUACAUCUGAGAGAGUAGUGAUGAAUAACCUAUAUUUUAGCUUUGUUUUAUUGAACCACAUUUUGGCUUGAUUUCUGAGAUACGUGUUUGUCAAUCUAUUCAUAGAUGACAUUCACUUAAAGUUAUCCCUUGUUAUAAUUGUAUUUGAAAACAAUGAAAAAUGUGCUACAGUGAGGGAUCAUUUUGUGGUGGUUGAUCUGACGGGAGCUCGAAUCACUGCUUCUGAUAUCAGUGAUUGUGAUAUAUCAGUAAAGCAUGAGCUAAACAGAAGCAGGAGUUACAAUAUUGAAAUGGAUACCGUUAAUUGAUUUAACAAGAUUUUUUUAAUUGUGAUUAUUGGACAUGUUUUACUCUAAUUUCAGAGGGAAACCUUUCUGAUUUAUUUUAAUUAUCCUGAUUAACAGUAGGAUACAUAACAUGGUUUAUGUGUUACUGCUGUAUAUAUGACAAUGCCAAGGGAAAAGGACGUGUGGUGCUGUCACAUGUGCUUUUAACAAAUUUAUCGAAUUUAUAUUGAAACACUACAUCCUCGUAAAUAGGGUAUGUCAUCUGUCUGUAGCCUUAUUCAAAAACACCUACAAUGCAUAAGCAACCAUCAUUGUACCAGCAGUAGUUAAAUAUUAAAAAUAUUGUAUAUAAUUGUACUGUGCAAAUUAAAAUAUCUUUCUUUUAUAUUUUA